AUGGCUGCGAGCGUUACAGAAACGCCGUCGGGGCCCCUCGGCAGGAGCCAGGGAGGCGGCUGGGGAACAGGAGCAGGGUUGGUGCCAAAAGAUUUUGGCCAUUCCUCUGAACUGGCAUUUGUUGUGGAGCCUAGCGAUGACAUAGCUGUGCAGGAGCAACCCUUGAUCCUCUACUGCCAGGUGGAGGGCAUCCAGCCCAUCACUAUCACGUGGCGGAAGAAUGGCGUGAUGAUCGUGGACAGCGAGAAUGCCUUCAUGUUGGCCAACGGGUCGCUCUACGUCUCCCGCUUCCAGAGGGUUCGGGGAGAUGGGUCCUCCGAUGAAGGCGAGUACGACUGCAUGGCGCAAAACCACUACGGGCUGGUGGUGAGCCGGAAGGCGAAGAUUCAGGCAGCGACGAUGUCCGACUUCCACAUCCACCCUCAGAAUGCAGUGGUGGAGGAAGGUGGCGUAGCCAGGUUCCAGUGCCAGAUUCAUGGCUUGCCUGAGCCCGUCAUCCUCUGGCAAAAGAACCGCAUGCCAGUCAACACAGACAACGAAAGGUACACGCUGCUUCCCAAGGGGGUCCUCCAGAUUACGGGGCUGAGGGCAGAAGACAGUGGGAUUUUUCACUGCGUUGCUACCAAUAUUGCUAACGUGAAGUUCAGCCGGGAGGCCAGACUCACCGUGUCAGGCUCCCGCUCCUCCGUUUACAAGGACCCCAUGAUUCUCGUCGGUCCGGAGAACCUCACACUGACGGUGCACCAGACAGCCGUGUUGGAGUGCAUCGCAACGGGUAAUCCCCGGCCCAUCGUCUCCUGGAGCCGACUAGAUGGCCGCCCGAUUGGCGUGGAGGGGAUCCAGGUGCUGGGGACAGGAAAUCUCAUGAUCUCGGACCUCACUGUGCAGCAUUCUGGCAUCUACGUGUGCGCUGCGAACAAACCCGGCACUCGGGUGCGAAGGACCGCGCAGGGCAGGCUCGUUGUACAAGCCCCUGCAGAAUUUGUGCAGCAUCCCCAGUCCAUUUCCAGGCCUGUGGGGACUACUGCCAUCUUCACGUGCGUGGCCCAAGGGGAACCCCCCCCCCAGAUCACUUGGCUGAGGAAUGGGCAGAUCCUGGAGACCAGCGACCACAUUAAGCUGAAGAAUAACAACAG